GGCAGAGAAGGGAAACCAUCGGCGGAGGGUGGGGCACCCAUCGCCUCCCAGUCGUAAUGAUGGUGGGCAAACAGCGGGUGGCAGAGCCACGGGUAGUGGCCAGUCGGACGGUGGUGUCUCCUGAGUUCGCCCGCCGAUUGCAGAAGGAGCGUGGGUUUUGUGGCUGCUGGCGGUGUUCCCUGCACCGCUACCGGCCAAUGACAGGAACGGUGAUGUAUGUCGUGCUUUUCCAUGCCCACCCAAACUGACGGGAAGACAUGACACUACCGACGCUCCCCUUCGCUGGACAUGGCACCUUCGUCUACUCACCGGUGGGUAGUCCAACAACAGCCGAAACUUUCGCUUGACGAUGGGAGGAAGACGCAGUGGCAUAUUCUCCACCUUCUCUGGACGAAAGCAAGGGAACUCUGGAGAGGAGCCUUGACGCUGGAUUUGGUAUGCCUGCUGGCAAUGGAGCUUUGGUGGGAAUCCCUUCCAUUGAUGCAUAAUCAUGAUUCCAGAUCCCCCCAAAGCCCUGGCGCCUCUCGCAGAGUGAUCCCACAAUUGGUCACCCCCUUCAGCUUCCAAUGCGCAAAUGUUGGGAAAGUCAUUUAUAGCAGGAAGUGCCUCAUUUUGUGCAUUUUUUUGUGCAUUCUGCAAAUCCAAGCAGAGCAUUCCUCUGAACUCGUCCCUAAACUCAUCGAACCUUUGAGCGACGAAUUCGACUUUCCUUAUUGCAGUAGCAAGAUCCUGUCUGAUGUGAUCUCAGAAUCGUGCUUGGCCACGUCUGUUUAACUUUGUUCUCCCCUGUUUCUCCGUGUGCUGAAACAAAUUGAAGACAGAACGCAUCAGCAUGUGCAAGGGAGAAGAAAGAUGUUUUCGAGAAGACAAUAGCCAAGCCAAAGGAUGGUGGAACAUGAUUUUUCCAUCAAAAUCGUCGUUUCAACCCAUUAGCCCCCACACAAAAAAUGCACUUUUCCUUUUUAUUUCACUCGUCCAUCACUAUUUUUUCCUCCAAAAUGGUAAAUGCUGACAAGAGAAUGUCUGAAACAGACAGGCGCCAGAGUUAAACCAACCUGCCAUGGUCUACGAUCACCAUGCUUUUAUGAUGACACUGCCACUGGCUUACCUCAGAGUCUAAAAUGGGCAGAGCAGGAGGUUUGAUUCAGUGUAAUCUCAACAGACCAGCGACAAAGCCAGGGAUGAAUUUUUCUUUAAAAAUAAGAUAAUCAUGUUUGAUCAUGUUUAAGAACUUACAUACUUUUGUUUUCUUUUAUGCUCCCCAUCCUUCACAAUCUUUUUUUUUUUCUGUUUGAAUUUUUCUAUAACAUGAGGAACCCACAAUAGGAAGACGAGAUUCCACAAAAUGUCUGUGGGAAAAAACUCCACAACUUGUACACCUCACCUGGAUUUUCUG